ACGAAGACCAAGGAUCGCUCGCACAGUAUCAUUUUGUAUCCGGGUGGGGGGACGAGUUGCCCAUUCCGUCGAUCAGCUCAUUCACCUUGACUAAACUUUCCUUUUCUUCUAGGCCCCAAGGCAAGCCUUCAGCAAACAGGUACCUACCGGUAGGUAGGUGCCCGCAUGUACAGUAUAUGCAGGGUAUCAAUGGCCAUCAAUCAGGCGUUUCGUUUCCACCCGAUGUACCCACUGUCUCAUCCUAAAUGGGCCUGUAUCUACCGGGACACGACUUCACGGCCUCCAAACGGAUGCCAGAAACAUCCUGCCGACUCGCUAGUCCCAUACCUGGGCAUAGAACUCUACUGGUUCCCGUCAGGACGGUCCCGGCCCCGGGCCACUCGACCGCCUAUUACCCUUCUGAGCUUGUCAUUACGCUUCCGCUACUCAACAGGGAAGGGAGACCUCUUCCUCGACUUACUUCCUCAAUCAUCGCCUCAUAAAAUGUCUGACAGGAUUCGUAUCGCGCCCUAUGCUUCCAGCGUCGGGGGCUGCAAGCUCCUGCUUGACCAAUCACGCUGUUCGCAAUUCCGUCUGACACCACGAAAAGAUGGCAGACUGCAUCCAAGGCGCGCACUGCAGGGAGUUUUGAUCACAACCAGGGGCAAGUGCCCCGAUCAGUCCCUCCGCCCAUUUUUUAGGCUUCGCCCACCCGGGGGAACGUGUUGUGCCGACCGUGUCCCCGCGGUACGACACUAGCUGCUUACUAUGCUGCUUAAUAUGGCAUCAAGGCAUACGGCAGCUCCUCUUUUGCGUGGCUGUGCUCGCCAAGAUGUAUCGACGGAGGCAUGCUGAUAACUAGCCUGCUCUAGA